AUGGAGGGUCUGAUUAAGGGUCUGCUCGACGUGGCACUCGGCCACGGCGGCGACAAGGGCGAAGACUCGGUCGUGUCUGGAGAGCCGGAGAAUGACAGUGAUCGCCCACAUGGGUAUAACAACCAGAACCACUGGAAUAGACAGGAAGAGAGUACCCAUUUCGAUUCUCCAAGGCGACCUCAUAAGGUUCAGAAGGACCAGUGGCAGGGAUUUAAAUGUCCUGCCAGUGAGCAACAAUACUCUGAUGAGGUUGAAGUGGGUGCUAACUUAAACCCCUCAGAAGAUGAGCUUGCUGAUCUGUCCCAAGCUUGCAAUAAAAUCUGGGAACUUGAUUUAAACCGUUUAGUCCCUGGAAAGGACUAUGAAAUUUACUGUGGUGAAGGGAAGAAGGUUUACCACAAGGGAGAUUUAGCAGAAGGAAACUUGUUUUCCUGGCUGAGUGAAGAUGUGCUCACAAGUCCUACUUAUGCUCGUUUCUGUUCUCUUUUAGAUAAUUACAACCCAAAUGAAGGGUGCAAAGAGGUUAUCACAUCUGAGGAGAAACAAGAGCAAGCUGCAUUCAUCGAAGAAAUCAGCAGAACUGCUCCGAUCAAAUAUCUCCACAGAUACCUCUCACGCAAGGGCAUUGUAUCUGAGAACUACCAAGAGUUCAAAAGAACAUUGACUGCUCUUUGGUUUAAUCUUUAUGGCCGUGGUGGCACUUCUGGUUGUUCCUCUGCUUUUGAACAUGUUUUUGUGGGAGAAAUAAAGCAGCGUGGUGAGAAGAGGUUUCUGGCUUCCACAAUUGGAUUCAGGUUGUGCUAUAGAACUGAUACUUUGCCUAUAGUACUUGUGUAUCAAUAUAUCAUUAUGUCCAGAUAAUUUAGUGUGAUUUGUGCAUCUGAUGUUGUUAGUUCAUAUCUCUUAGUUGGAGUGAGCCCAGAAUUUGAAGUUGCAUUGUAUACCCUGUGUUUCUACAUGGGUGGAGAGGACAACCACAUUCAGCUGGGUCCAUACCCAGUUAACAUCAAAUGCUAUCGCUUUGGAGAUAGAAUUGGGUCUGUGUUUCCAAUGGGAGAGUAAUGAGUUCAGGUCUUAGGACUAAACAAGUUAUCUGGUUAUAAGAG